GCCGGGCCGGCGCUGAGGCGGCAUGGCGUGCGGCGGCGGCGGCGGCGGCGUCGGGGCGGCCCCGGCGUGGUACCACAAGGACCUGAGCCGCGCGGCGGCCGAGGAGCUGCUGGCCCGGGCCGGCCGCGACGGCAGCUUCCUGGUGCGCGACAGCGAGAGCGUGGCCGGCGCCUUCGCCCUCUGCCUGCUAUUCCAGAAACAUGUCCAUACCUAUAGGAUUUUGCCAGACGAAGAGGAUUUUCUGGCUGUUCAGACUUCUCAGGGGGUCCAGGUGAGGCGCUUCAAGACCCUGGGCGACCUCAUUGCCCUGUACCUGCAGCCGAACCAGGGCCUCGUCUGCACCCUCCUCUUCCCCGUGGAGCGGGAGAAGGAAAAGGAGUACGUGGAAGACAGAGACUACUCAGAUGGGGAAGAUGAGAAGCCCCCGUUGCCACCUCGCUGUGCAUCCACCGGCAUUCCUUUUGGCAGCCCUGCCGUUGCAAGCAACACCCCUGCUGUGCAGGACGGAGUUCUUGAAAGCACCACCAAUGGCCUCAGCACCUUUUCUCAUGAGUACCUGAAAGGGAGUUACUCCUUGGACCUGGAGGCAGUCAAAGCUGGGGCCAGCUGCCUGCCCCACCUGAACAAAACUCUUGUCGCUUCCUGCAAACGUUUGCACAGUGAGGUGGACAAGGUCUUGUCUGGCUUGGAGAUUCUUUCCAAGGUGUUUGACCAACAGAGCUCCCCUCUGGUCUCCCGGAUCUUGCAACAGACUGCUGGUCAGACGGGGGAGCAGGAAUUGGAGAGUCUCGUCCUGAAGUUGUCCAUCCUGAAGGACUUCCUGUCCAGCAUCGAGAAGAAGGCCCUGAAAGCUCUCCAGGAUAUGAGUUCCCCAGCACAGCCUGGUCUCGGCCAAGCUUCCUCCCGCAAAGCAAAGAGUAUUCCUGUGCAAGCAUUCGAGGUGAAACUGGACCUGACGCUGGGUGACCUCACCAAGAUCGGGAAGUCCCAGAAGUACACCUUGAGCGUGGACGUGGAAGGCGGGAAGCUGGUGGUGCUGAAGAAGCAGAAGGACUCUCAGGAAGACUGGAACACCUUCACCCAUGACAAGAUCCGCCAGCUGAUAAAGUCCCAGCGAGUGCAGAAUAAACUGGGAAUCGUCUUUGAAAAGGAGAAGGACAAGACCCAACGGAAAGAUUUCAUCUUCGUCAGCGCCAGGAAACGUGAGGCCUUCUGCCAGCUCUUGCAGCUGAUGAAGAACAGACAUUCCAACCACGAUGAGCCCGACAUGAUUUCCGUCUUCAUCGGCACAUGGAACAUGGGCAGUGUGCCCCCGCCCAAGAAUAUCACGUCGUGGUUUGCCUCGAAGGGCCUCGGCAAGACACUGGAUGAGAUGACGGUCACCAUUCCCCACGACAUCUACGUGUUCGGCACCCAGGAGAACUCCAUGGGGGACAAAGAGUGGGUGGACUUCCUGCGGGGGGUCUUGAAGGAGUUCACAGAGAUGGAGUACCGACCGAUAGCCAUGCAGUCCCUGUGGAACAUUAAAAUUGCCGUCCUGGUGAAACCGGAGCACGAGAACCGGAUCAGCCAUGUCAGCACCUCGAGUGUGAAAACUGGGAUUGCUAACACUCUGGGCAAUAAGGGAGCUGUGGGGGUCUCGUUCAUGUUCAACGGCACCUCCUUCGGGUUCGUCAACUGCCACCUCACCUCGGGCAACGAGAAAACUGCCAGGAGGAAUCAGAACUACCUGGAUAUUCUGCGCCUCCUCUCCCUGGGUGACAAGCAGCUCAGCUCCUUUGACAUCUCGCUGCGCUUCACCCACCUCUUCUGGUUUGGGGACCUUAAUUAUCGCCUGGACAUGGACAUACAGGAAAUCCUCAACUACAUCAACCGGAAGGAGUUUGAGCCCCUUCUGAAGGUGGAUCAGCUCAACCUCGAGAAGGAGAAACACAAGAUCUUCCUGCGAUUCAGCGAGGAGGAGAUCACCUUCCCUCCCACGUACCGCUACGAGAGGGGAUCCCGUGACACCUACGUGUGGCACAAACAGAAGCCCACUGGAGUGAGAACCAAUGUUCCCUCGUGGUGUGACCGCAUCCUCUGGAAGUCACACCCAGAGACCCACAUCAAUUGCAACUCCUAUGGGUGCACGGAUGAUAUUGUGAGCAGUGACCACUCCCCGGUCUUCGCAGCAUUCGAAGUUGGAGUGACAUCCCAGUUUGUUUCCAAGAAAGGUCUCUCGAAAUCCUCAGACCAAGCGUACAUCGAAUUCGAGAGCGUCGAGGCCAUUGUGAAGACAGCAAGCAGGACCAAAUUCUUCAUCGAGUUCUACUCCACGUGCCUAGAAGAAUUUAAAAAGAGUUUUGAGAAUGAUUCUCAGAGCAGUGACAACGUCAACUUCCUGAAGGUGCAGUGGUCGUCCCGGCAGCUGCCCACGCUCAAGCCGAUCCUCUCAGACAUCGAGUACCUGCAAGACCAGCACAUCCUCUUGACGGUCAAAUCUUUGGAUGGCUACGAAUCCUACGGCGAGUGUGUCAUCGCCCUCAAGUCCAUGAUCGGCAGCACGGCACAGCACUUCCUCACUUACCUGUCCCAUCGCGGGGAGGAGACUGGCAACAUCCGGGGGUCCAUGAAGGUCCGAGUCCCAGCUGAGCGGAUGGGCACCCGCGAGCGUCUCUAUGAAUGGAUCAGCAUCGACAAGGAUGAAACCGGAGCUGCCAAAGGGAAGCUGCCACCACCAGCACCACGGACCAACCCGGACCACUCCAAAUCUUUUGGGAAAAAGCAUUCCUGUGGAGAAGCGGCAGAGAAGGCCUCCUGCCCCACUGGGAAGCUCUUUGAGGAUCUAGAGAAGCCUGGGGCUUUGACAGCUGCCCGCCCACCGGCUCCGCACCGUGGCACCUCCAAGGAGGAGGCUGCCCAGACCAGGUCCAAGCAAGACACCACCCUGGACCCGGAGGGGGGCCCUCUGAAGAACAGCUUCAAUAACCCAGCCUAUUAUGUGCUGGAGGGGGUCCCUCACCAACUGUUGGUGUCCGAACUGCCCCAGGUGAGCCUGGCCAAGCCUGCAGCCCCCAGGAACAAAGUCCAGAUAACGGUUCCCAUACAGCCAGAGCAUCGGCGCCCGCAGCAGCCCCCCUCCCGGGCCGAGGAGAGCUCCGAAGAGGAGGAGACGGGCGUCCUCAACCUGCCACCUCCAGACUUCCCACCUCCGCCACUGCCAAAGUCACUGGAGUUUGACGUGUCCGACAGUUCAUUGUACACUUCCGUGGGGGGCCGAGGAGAGGAGCCGGGGGCCACCAAAGCCCGGACCUCCGUUGCCUUCAGCGAGCCCCUGGAGGCCAAACCCCCCAAACUGCACCCCCGGCCCACCCCACCUCUAGGGCCAAGCUUCCUGAUGGAGCCCCCCAGCGCACCGCAAGCCCCCAGCAGCCUCCUGGAUGAUCGUUCCUGCUCGGUCCUCCAGAUGGCCAAGACGCUCAGCGAGGUGGACUACCCCGGUGGGAGCGGGGCUGGCCUGGGGCGGGAGCAGCCAGGCCGCCCCCCCGCGCACCCCCUGGCCAAAGGGAGGCUGGAUUUUCCACACCGAUGCCUGCACCCCGACUACAGCCGUCCCAUCGCCUUCCCGCCCCGCUCCAUCCGCGAGAGCAUUGAAGAAGAUUUGGCAGAAGAGACCUUGGGCCAGGAUGGGCACUGCAGCUCCAGGCAGAGUGAGUCCAGUGUGGGGGAAUGGUUGCGGGCUAUCGGCAUGGAGAGAUAUGAGGAGGGCCUGAUCCACAACGGCUGGGACGACCUGGAGUUUCUCAGUGACAUCACUGAAGAGGACCUGGAGGAAGCUGGCGUGAUGGACCCCCUCCACAAACGCCUCCUGCUGGAGAACCUGAGGAUCAGGAAGUAGCUGCGCCCCCUGUGCUGUCUCUGGGACCUUCGUGCCACUACUAGGGUUGCACCCCCUUCCUUGUGGCUUUUAGCGUCCCUUCCCCACUCCCACAAGUGCGAUAUAAGGACAGCUGCCACAAUUGUGACGCACCCAGGAGUGCCUCUCCCCCUGGCGGGGAGGAAUAGCAGCCGAGCCUCCUGCAAGCGACGGUGCCGAGGGGUGGCACCGAGCUCUGGGUGCCAAGAAGACACUUCCAUACGCAGCGAGGUUGCAGAAGGUGCGGUGUGGAUACUUGACUGUCCUCCCCUCUCACACACACACAUACACAAACACACCAGUUUCCUGGCAGAGUUGGGCCCCAGGCAAAAGGGCAAGCAAGCCCGAGUGGUCCAGGCAGGGGCCACUCCCGAGUAGUCCCGGCUGAGCAUUUCAGAGCAGCAUCCCCACCCCCACCCCGCUGCUAGUUAAGUUAUUCUUAUUUAUUGCAACAAGAGAAGGAUUCUUUGCUUCCGGCCAUUUCAAAGAGCUCCUCUUUCCUUUCCUGCUCAUCGGCAUUCCCAGGAUGUGCCCCCUGUGUCCCUGUGUCCCUGGCCAGGGCUUCCCUUCGAGGCCUUGCCUUCUGCGGGUAGAUCGAGGCCAGCUCCGUCCAACGCACAGGCAGCCCUCUCCUGGGCUAAAGGAACAGAGUGCCUCUUGCAGCACUCUUGGAGAGAGCUAAGUGGGGUGUGCAUCACCCCCCCCCCAACCAAAAGGUGGGGUUUAAGGCUGGUUGGAAGCCCAGCCUCCUUCCAAGGACACCCCCCUCCCCCUUGAGCUGGAGCUCUUUUUGCACUAAGUACUAAGGAGCAAAGGACAUUCCGGACCCCUUUGGCCUCCAAGAGAGGAGCUGUGGGAAUUGAAUCCCCCCCCCCAUGUGACACACGCUGUGCCUUGCCUCUUAGAGAUCUUUGCCUUGCCGGUGUGAAAGCUCGCAACACAGGCACGUUACUAGUUCCUGCCAAGGGCUUCUCGUUACUUUGUUUCUGCUGCGGCCCUCAGGAAGGGGGACCCCCCCAGGUGGCAAUAACUUUUUCUUCUGUGCCUUUUGCUUUAAAGCCUCCAGCCUUAAUCACAGCCCCCACCCCCCUCAACAACAACACCUUGACACCCCAUCAAUGACAAUCUCCAGAAUAUGCUCAGGUAGCCGCAAGGGUGUGGAUGUGGCUGACCAAAAUCAAACAAGACGGGUCGGGCGGAAGGCUUUCCGGUUGCAAAGAGUUUCCAGUUCAUUUAAUUUUAGGUGUCAGGACAGGUGAGCGAGGGGCACGUUUCCCCCCCCCCCCCCGCCUUUCCAGCACGGGCAUCUAUCUCACAGAAAGCCCUGCCAUGAGAAGACCCCUUUGUCCUACAGAGCAGUCAGUCACCGAAAAUGGGGAUAAGCCAAAGGCUGGGCAUAGGUGAGCUUGCACCCCCACCCCCCCACCCCCAGUUUCUCAAGUGGGAGGCGGGCAGAGCUGCACGAGGUGCCUGUUGUGAUCGGAUCACAAAACAGAGUUCAGCCACUGUUCUCUUCCCAUCCAAGCUGGCCCUCCCAGCAUGCAUUGGUGGGGAGAGGGUAGAGUCCUGCGCUUGCCGUUCUUGGCAACCCUUCCUUGGCGUCUCUGUGGACUUGCCCCAUUUACAGGGAGCUCCAAACCUCUGUUUAGCGUGCCGUUGGUGGGAGGAAAGUCGCAGAAGGUUCGCUUUGCAAAUCCUGCCCUCUGAACUGUGCGCCUGCAGGGAAAAUUGCAGAGGCCCAGGACCUGUCCCUAGCAGGGGAGGAUUCGGGAAGCGGGCCUGGACUGCAGACUCCCUCGGGCUCUGCUCGCUCCUUUCCCUAGCAUAUUGUCACUGAGUGCCUUAGUUUAUAAUAUGAUGGAUUGGGGUGUGAGGUCACAGUCCCUGUGGCUCUUGAAUUCGGAGGAAACGUUGCGGGAGGCAUCUGUGGCCUUUUUGCACCAUAAGUUGGAGCUAGUCUCUGGAACUGAAAUGAAGGAUUCUCCCCCUCCUCUUUUCCCUCCUGCAAGACUGCCGUGAUCAGGUGGGGGGGGGGUUGCUGUCUCUCUGUCAUGCCCCCCCCAUCUCUUCUUUGAGUUUGGUGUAACCCUUACUAAAUUGUUCUUCUGUGCUUGUAUUUUUUGUGUAUGGGCAUGUGUGUUUUUUUAAAAAAAAUGUUUAAUUUAAUUGUUCUUUGAAAUUCUCUGUUAAUGCUUAAAAUUUCACAGAGUGGGGAAGGAAUUGCAAGGCCUCCCCCCCUCCGCAAAUAUGUUCACAUUUCAUGUCUUAGUUUACCACAUCUUGAUCCAAUAAAAGGGCUUGUUUGCAUUUAAAAAAAAA